AUGCUGCCCAUCGCUGCCCUCUUCGUAGCUACGUUCGAUGUUAGGCAAGGUUACUCGAUAGUCUGGCAGAAGCAUAACUCCGAUCUUGAUUUGAGUGGGGUUGAGUUCUCUGCCUUGCCAAGCGGUUUGCACGCUGUUGAUGAUGAUCUGAUUCACUUCACUCAUCAAGACGGUUAUGUCGGUAUCUCCGCUUUCGCCAGCAUUGCGACAGAUUCUGCGGAGGAGCGGGGUUCCAGAUCCGCAUCUGUUGGGUUACUGGUCAGAGAAAGUCAGGAAGCGAUUGGGACGCUGCAUGAGCAUUCGAGAGCUCUGAAGCACUUAGCCAGAAAGCAUCUCUCCGACCCUUCAGCAGCAUCGACUGAGCUGGAGACGUACUACACCGAGCACGCGAAACGAAAGGAUACCUCAAUCUUAGAGCAGGCAUCCAGGCCAACACCGGACAAUUACCCAUCAGAAGCACUGCGUGACCUGCAGUUAACCUUUGGGCCGCUUCUAUUCCGUCUCUACCGCGCUGCUCUGACUCAACGACGAAUCCUCCUAUCCGGCGACCCACCCGUCCGACGCAUGUGCGAUAUGGUCUACAACAUCCAGCACCUCGCAUCAAUACCUCGCAAAGUUGGUUCACAACUCGAUAUCGCCGUCGACCAAUCUAAACUACUCUUCUGCGUCGGCGUGAGCGACAUCCCCCGACUCGAGGCGCAUCCCUCGCGGCUGGGGAGUGAAGACCGUGAACGGGGUUGGUUGGCGUGUACGACUGACCGGAUCAUAUCAUCAAAACCUCAGCUGUACGACAUCCACGUAAACGUACCAAAACACGAUGCCGAAAUCGUGAAAGCACUUGACCUUUCCAACGGGCAAACACUCAAGCCCUCCCUCCGAGACGUGCGCGUAUACCAACUCAUGCUCCGACACAUGCGUUUCGACCCCCUCUUCGACCGUCGAGAAACGUCCAUCUUCGCCGCAUGGUGGUCUUGGGUCUUAAACUGGUGGCAGGUGAUCCUCUAUACUACGUCGUCUGGCAAGUGGGGGAAGCUGGAACAACCCGACAGUGCCGGUUCAGGAAAACGAUGGGAUGCAUUCGAUGAUAUGGUACCGCUAACGUCUACCAUCUCGCCUUCGCCGAGUUUCUUUUCGGAGACGUCGGGGGAUACGACGAGGAGUGUACAACCCGGUACCCAAGGAACCGAAGAACACGGUCUAAAAGGCUACUUCGAGCGGGUAACAAAACGCGUAUUCAGCAACCUCGCACUCAUUCUAGAAGCAGGGGAAGAGGACAUGACGGGCGCAGUCACGAUCACAUACGACGAUAUGCGAAAUCGAUUCGGGCUGGUACCGGGAUGUAAAGAGGAUCGAGAAUUCUUGUCGAGGUUGGCGGAGAUAUAUUUUGGGAAACGGAUAUCAUUUGAGAGAAAAUGCUGGGAUUUUUUUGUUUGGGUUUAA